GGGAGCAAUUCCCUGCCUACUGUCCUUCCUCCCUAUAGCUUACGAGACUGCGCUCCCUUUCAAAGCAGCUGUGCGAGAGCCCAAGUCAUGCGCCCUCCAACCUCGAGCUUGCCAAUCAUUCCUUAAGACUGACGCGCUUCUCAAUCGCCGAUACCCUCCCUUCCUCCUGCGACAACGGGCCGGGUAUCUGGGUGGUAAAUAUCUCAACCUUUCAACCGGAACAAUGGCUUCUAUCGGAGAAGAUGACGAUGAUCGCGAUCUUGCAGGCUCUCAAGACGGAAGCUCAGACAAUGAAAUGGACGAUGCGCUUAGGGAUGCAGAUGAUGGCGGUAACGACAACGAACCCGAUGUCGACGCUGAUGCCGAUCAGGAUGCUGAGAGUCAGUCCAAUGUCAGCCACGCAUCCGAAAGCGCCGGAGUCGCAGCUCAACCGAAUCCUGAUGUCGAAAUGACCUCUUCAACCGUUGCAAACGCCGUAUCCGAUCCGUUGUCUGCAUUCCAUCCCAGCGUUCGCUCGGAGUGUCUAACAGCCUCAACGUUCGACAUUGUCCCCACCACGGCCGCCCCUCACAGCACCUCGAUCAAUGCAGUAACGGCAACCGCGGAUAUGAGAUGGGUCUUCAGUGGUGGUUCAGAUGGAUAUGUCCGGAAGUUCAAUUGGGUGGAUUCGAUCAACAGCAAGUUGAUGCUCACUGUGGCACAAAGGCAUCCCUUUGUGGAUAGUGUUAUCAAGGCGGGUGUGCUGAUGACAUACUGGGAGAACAUGGACGGCAACGCGAUAUCACCGGUGUAUUCUCUAGCCAGUCAUAGCGAGGGACUGUGGCUGCUAUCCGGACUGGAAUCUGGCAGCAUACGAUUGCAGUCGGUUCGUCACGAUGAAGGCAAAGAGAUUGCUCUUCUACAACAGCACACUUCUGCGGUCUCGGUGUUGAACUUGACUUCGGACGAAAACUCCCUGCUUUCUGGAAGCUGGGAUAAACGAGUGUUCGAUUGGGAUUUAAAUACAGGGCAGACCAGACGCGCAUUUGGCGGUAGUGCUGGGCAAAUAUCUGCAAUCGAGAUACGCCCGGAGUCCAGUCUGCCGGUUCCCCAAGAUACCGCUGAGUUCCAGCAGCCAAAUGGCACCUAUUCAUCCAAUUACCAGUCGACUGGCAACGAUAGUUUUAAUUUCAUGGAUACUACGCAUGAUGGAGAAAACGGCACUGGAUCCAAUCCACAGGCUGGGUCGCCGGCGGAUUCGCUCUUCGGUGGCGCCGACUCAUUGUUUGGCGACGAGAAUGGGAACGGCGGCGAAGAUGCGGGCGCUUCGGGUAAUGCGUUCGGCAUUGACGAUGACGACGAGUUUGGCAAAGCGCUCACAAACGGAGUCCUGCCGGAUGCUGACGCCCCUGGCGAGCCUGAGCCUGAGCCAAGCCAAAACGGGGUUUCAGAGGCUCCUGCUCCAGGGGAUCCUGGAGUCACGACAGCCCCAGAAACCAAUGCAAACACGGCUCAGCAUUUAAGUUCUACCGAGGUGGAAAUGGCUAACGGCACUUCUCAGCCGAUGGUAAAUGGACUGCCGCAUGCUGAAGAAUUGGAACAUUCAGCUCGGGCUCAGGAUAGUGCCCUUCCAACGCAGUCCGAAUCCGCAUCCACAACAGAUAAUAUUUUCCUUGCGGCCUCUAUUGACGGUACGAUUCGAGUUUGGGAUAGAAGGCAACAGGAGGCCGUUGCACGCAUUACCUCUCAAAACUCCCCUCCGUGGUGCAUGAAUGCCUGCUGGUCUCCGGACGGCAACUACAUCUAUGCAGGACGCCGCAACGGUACUGUGGAGGAGUAUAGUCUUCACAAGGGCCUUCGAAACCCAGACCGGACGUUCAAAUUCCCACAAGGAAGUGGACCAGUUACGGCACUUAAGGCGAUGCCCAAUGGCCGACAUAUUGUUUGCGCAUCUCAUGACAUCCUUCGACUGUAUGACCUCAAGCACGAGCAAGUUACUCGUCACUCAACGGUGCCUUUCCUAAUCAUCCCGGGACAUCGGACCGGCACUGUAUCUCAACUAUAUAUUGACCAGGCGUGUCGUUACAUGGUCUCCACAAGCGGUAACAGGGGCUGGGAAGGUAACACCACCGAAGUGCUGUUGGGGUACGAAAUCGGUGUUCAUCGGUGAUCCUCCUGUCUGGUACCCUCCUGUGUGUCUGGUGUCUUGCAUUUGAGUAUUUUUAAUGAUAGAGUGAUGGUGUCAUGUCGCGACAUGAUUGACGACUGGAUGACCUGAACCUUUGCCCUUCCUGAGGCACUACACGAAUCAUAUA